GGUGGACCUUCCCGGAUGGCAACGGCCGGCGGACCAUCGAGGAAGCCCUUCAGCGGGCCGUGGCUGGUAGCAGGCGGUGGCCUGCGGAAUACCGCCCGGUUCUGCUGGAGGGCUGAGGGGGAGGUGGGCACCUUCCCCGACCGGCUGGCCUUCAUCCGGGAGGUGGCCUUCAAAGCACUGGGCCUUCGUAUUCUUUGCGUACAGCGGAAUGGCCCCUUCCAAUUCUUUGAGGUCACUUUGUCCACCGAUGACAGCUGCAGCAAGGUCCUGGAGCAGAGCAAGGAGGGGGCCCAGCACCCUCUCCUCGGACGUUAUAACAUCGAGCCGCUGUGGUGGCCCGACAAGCGGCCUCCCUUCUGCCGGCAGUGCCACAGCUUUGGACACACCCUGGAGGGAUGCGCCAACCUGCGCUGCCGCAACUGCCUGGAGUCGGGGCACAUGGCCAGGGACUGCAAGGGCCCCCGUCGCUGCAAUCACUGUAACGGCGAGGACCAUCUGGCUCGUUCCUGCCCACAGAAAAAGACUACAUAUGCCGACGCUCUGUCGGAUAACAGAGCAGUCGGCACGGAGAAUGGUGGGGGAGCUCUAGCCCCCACGACUGGGCAGGAACAGCCGGCGACGGGGGCAGGAGGAGAAGCCCUGGUCGAGGUGGAGGAGGCCCCUUCGAGUGCGACACCAAUGCAGGAGGGGUCUCCGAACAAGGUGGAGCAGCUCGCCCUGGCUCCAGGCGUCAGCAGCAGGCGAAAGAAGAGCGGUGCAUCCCCCCGGGGGAGGAAGAAGAGCAGAAGGGAGGCGCAACCCGACGCAUCCAGCCCUCCGGCGGCCACCUCGCCAGCAGUGGCGGCCGGGGACCAAGGCCGACAGUGUCCCCCCUCCCCGAUCACUAGGAGAAUGGAGAAAGCAGUGGAUUGGACUGAUGACAAGUACUGGGCAGCCUGGGAUAAGUGGGAUGAGGUGAUAGAUUGGGGAGAUGAAAAGUCUUCACCCACAACACCUCCCUCUAUCCAGGCUGGCACCAGCACUGGAGACGUGGAUGUUGGGGUGGAACAUCACCAGCAGCCCGUAUUCAAACGCCAGCAAAAGAAACUGGUUUUGAGGAUGCAAAUUCAUCUCAGUGUGCAGCCUCAGCCUCAACAAGCGGCGCAGAACGUAAAUGACAGGGAGGAAGAAGCCCCAGUUCUGUCUAACCUGUCAUCUUGGAGGGAACCUGUUACUCAGGAACACAGGGAGUCAAAAAGGCAUAAGGACCCAUUCUCCGUGCCUGGAUAUGAGACCCACCACUGGCCCAGAGAAAAAUACUGGUCGCGACAGCCAGCAAAGACAGUCAUUGAUGAAAAUAUCAUCCUGGGCUUCUGCAAUGGCCUGAUGGCUUUUUCACUGUCGUGA